AAAGUAUUCAUGAACUCCUUCAAAUAGGCAUUUCUUUUAAUACGCUUAAUAUUCAUCACUAAAUCGGCCGUUGUGUUUGGACCGAGAAUUGCUCGCAAUGUCGGGUCAAACACCUCCGCCAACGUCGCCGAGUCGCCCGACCGCCGCCGACCCUCCGGGGCCAGCGCCGGAGACGGUGGCACGGCGCGCUGACGGUCUGAUGGUCGAUGGCGAUGCAGCUGAACCCGCAAACGGUCAACGUAACGGUCAGUCCGUAGAUCCGACGGUGAACGCCGCGGCCGCGAGACGGGCGCGUGAUCGCGAGCGUCGUCGCCUCGCCCGAGAGCGAGAAACUGAGGCUGAGCGACUUCUUCGCCUGCAACGUAAACGUGAAGGCCAGGCUCUGGCGCGCGCUAGACAAAGAGAUCAGACAGGUGGCGCGGGCCCUUCCCAUCAGGCGGUAGUCGAUGCAGUGCCGGUUCCCGGUCCAUCGGGGGCCCAGCCGCCGGUCAUCCUUGCCGCGGAUAUCGCUGCCGCGCGACGCGAGCGUGACCGGGAGCGUCAUCGACUUAGGAGGGAGCGUGAAUCGGAGGCUGAGCUCGCCGAGCGUCAGCGACGCAAUCGUGAGAGAAUGGCUACGGCUCGCACUAAGGUCAGGACAGGGAGAGACGGCGCAGGUCUUGAGCCACCUGUUGCUGCUGGUGUGGCGGAUCAGCCGAUCGCACCACCGACUGCGUUUGAACCGCCGGUGGUGGGCGGUGUCGCGGACGUCGCGCCCGGCGCGGAGGCAGUGGGCGGCGCUGUAGGAGAGGUGGCAACGCACUCGCCCGAUGGUGCUGUAGAUGCUGUCGAGGCGACAGUAGCCGAUGCGCCAGACGACGCAGCGGCGCGCCGGCCCGCGGCCGAUGCGCCCGACGCGGAGGCAGUGGGCGGCGCUGUAGGAGAGGAGGCGCCCCACACGCCCGAUGGUGCUGUAGACGCUGUCGAGGUGGCAGCGGUCGAUGCGCUAGACGGCGCAGCGGCGCGCCGGCCCGCGGCCGAUGCGCCCGACGCGGAGGCAGUGGGCGGCGCUGUAGGAGAGGAGGCGCCCCACACGCCCGAUGAUGCUGUAGACGCUGUGGAGGUGGCAGCGGUCGAUGCGCUAGACGGCGCAGCGGCGCGCCGGCCCGCGGCCGAUGCGCCCGACGCGGAGGCAGUGGGCGGCGCUGUAGGAGAGGAGGCGCCCCACACGCCCGAUGAUGCUGUAGACGCUGUGGAGGCGGCAGCGGUCGAUGCGCCAGACGGCGCAGCGGCCCGCCAGCCCGCGGCCGAUGCGCACGACGCGGAGGCAGUGGGGGGCGCUGAUGGACAGGCUCCGGUGGACGCGCCCGCCCGUCGUCGAGGCGACCAGCACCUGCUGGCUCGCAAUUAUGUCCCCGCCGAGUUCGAGCCGCCGGCUGGCAUGCAGCUGGGCCGAAUGGACACCGUCUGUGCCCAUUGUGGAGCGCUGCGCUGGCGUGCCGAGCCCGCAGGCGCCUGUUGCCAUCAGGGCAAGGUGCAGCUUGACUUCCAUCCCCCGCGCGGACGAGAUGGUGGAGCUGAUGACCCCCGGCACGGCGUUCUAUGA